AGCUGCGCUGAUGCUCCACUUGUGUCAGUGCGUCGUUGCUGCCUCCAUCUCCAUUGAAGCAUGGACCCAUCUGUUCGUCCUCUCCUCCUUAUAUCCCACCUGCAUCUCCCCACCAUAGCUGCCACCCUUCUACGCCAUUACCCCCAUUGCUCCAAGGUAGAGAGUAAACGCCCAACGUGCUAAAAUGGCGGGUGUAGCGACGGCUCCAGCUGCACGCCGUGCAGUGACAGCCGUGGUUGUGCUCGCCGCGCUGCAGACUGUCCUCUGUGGUUCCAACCACGUAAAUUUUGCCAGUGUCGCGCGCGGCGGCAAUGCGCCAUCUUUGCGGCCCCGCGCAAACGGCACGGACGUCGCUGUCCCCGCGCCGGCGCCGUCGGGGACCUCGGUGGAAGGGUGUGGGUGCGCGCCGGCGCCGGCGCCGUGGGAGUUCUUGAACAAGAAGCUGGCGGCGCUGUACCCGGUGAUCCAGGCGUUCAAGAGGAUCAUCACGUGCGACCCGCACGGCGUGACGGCGACGUGGGUGGGCACCAAGCUCUGCGACAGCUUCAACGGUGGCGGCAUGUACAAGGGCUUCUACUGCGACUACCCGCCGGACGCGCCGAUGACCCUCACCAUCGCUUCCAUCGACUUCAACGGCUUUGGCCUGUGCGCGCCGACGCUGGCUGGGUUCGUCGACGCGUUCCCGGACCUCGCCCUGUUCCACGCCAAUUCCAACAACCUCACCGGCGACGUCCCUAACCUCACCAGCCUUCCGUACUUCUACGAGCUCGACCUCUCCAACAACAACUUCUCCGGCCCGUUCCCGGACACCGUCGUGCCACUCGGCGGUCUCCUCUUCCUCGACCUCCGCUUCAACGGCUUCGCCGGCACGGUGCCAUCCCCCGUGUUCGACAUCACCGUGGAGGCGCUGUUCUUGAACAACAACGGCUUCACCGGCCGCAUCCCGGACAGCUUCGGCAGCACGACGGCCAAGUACCUCGUCGUGGCCAACAACCAGUUCACGGGCCCGAUCCCACGCUCCAUCUACAACACCUCGGAGACGCUGUCCGAGGUGCUGUUCCUCAACAACAAGUUCUCCGGGUGCCUCCCCUACGAGAUCGGGCUGGUGGAGGGGCUGGCGGUGUUCGACGCCGGCGGCAACGACAUCACGGGGCCCAUCCCCCUAUCGUUCGGGUGCCUGGGCGACGUGGAGGAGCUCAACCUGGCGGGGAACCAGCUGUACGGCCACGUCCCAGACGUGUUGUGCCUGCUGGCCAAGACCGGGAAGCUGCAGAACCUGUCGCUGUCGGACAACUUCUUCCACUCCGUGGGGCACCACUGCAUGGAGCUCGUGCGGAGCCGGGUGCUGGACGUGCGCCGCAACUGCAUCCUCGGAUUCCCCGACCAGCGUCCCGCGCUCGAGUGCUCGUGGUUCUACGCCGACCCGACCAAGCACUGCCCCUUCAUACCGCACAUCCCCUGCGCCCUGCCCGGGUUCAGGCCGCCUGCUACCGCGCUGCCGGCGACGGCGCACGGCCGUCCCCAAGGGGGUGGCAACUGAAUCACUCAAAUUUGUCAGCGUUUCGCCGUUCUGAUCGCACGAUGGGCUACCACAGGGGGAAAUAAGUCCACCGUUGCGAGAUGGUGCUCUGACACUGGAGGUCAAAUCACUGCCUACUAAACGAGUACAAAAAAUUAGCUUC